AUGCCAUGGCUGGCCUUCGGACUUGCUAUGGCUGCAGCUUUGGUAGUGGCAGAUCCCAAGCUUGCAGUGAACAAAUGGAGUGGUUGUGCUGAGGCAGGGACCUGCUGGUUACGCCAGGUGCUACUGGCUGAAGCAGCAGGAGCCGGAGCAGUCCUGAUUUUCGACACGGCUCCUGUCCAAGUGACAGCCAUACUUGCAGUUCCAGGGCCUUUUCCAAAUCCCAGGAUUCCUGGCUAUUUGAUUUCUCGUUCUCAAGGUGAAGAACUACUGGCAAGAUUGGAUGGUGGUGAGGAGGUCCAAAUCCUCUGCAGCUGGAGCCCUGUAGAUGUGUGGUUCAAUCUUCCAGAGUCCUCUCGCGAAUCCAACGACAGCAUCAUCUUGCAGAACUAUGGGGACGAAGACAUGCACUGGGUGGUCGAUAUCAUCGACACCAAUGCGAGCUUCGAAACGGAUCCGUUCUACACGGCACGCUUCAACAAGGAGCAGGCAGUCUUCAACACAUCCGAGAUGAAGGACCUCGCAGUCUUUAAUACAUCCGUCCAGAACUCAGCCUUCUCAAGGGCAGAGGAAUUGGAGCUGGCAGAGCUGGAUGAUGACUUCCAUCUUCUUAAGAUGCCAUUUCGAUUUCCACAUUACCUCGAUUUUAAAGAGGACGUCUUUGUGUCUUCGAAUGGUGUUUUGGUGUUUGAUCGUGUCUUCUCCAACAUAGUCGGUUCAAUUGCUGACUUCGUUGCACCAGCUGCUCUGAUCGCACCCCUAUGGGCAGAUUUGUUUGGUGGCUCUGUCUCUGGACGAGGUGACGUGCAGCGCUUGGUUCUACGCUUCCAGGGCUUUUGGUUGAAGCCAACGGCGACAACGAAGCCAUCAGGUCCAUUCACCUUUGAAGUUGGCUUGUUGAACGACGGUGAGAUCCACGUCCGUUGGGAAGCGUUCCCCAGCACUGAAGGUUGGCAAGGGCUGGUGCAAGUGGGCUUGGAGCCUGGCAGCGGAGCCAAAGCGCUGAAGCUCAGUGCUCUCAUUCCUUGGUUUCAAGGUCCGCCUCUCAGUGUAUCUCUCGUGCCACGCUUGAAACUUUCAACUUCGCCCAGUCGAUUGUCUCCGAAGCAGUUCCUGACCAUCAACAUUGACAUCACCAGCGCUCUUCCCUUUGAUUGGCUCUUCUUCUACGCACAAAAACGUCACCUGGGAUCUUGGCAUCCACGGCGCAACGUGCGACUGCUGCCCCGAAGCUUUCGCUAUGUUUGGGUGCUCAGUGCGUGGGACGGUGGUCUGCACAGCGGCACCUGUGCCGAGUUCGACGGAGUCCUGCGACGGAGCAGGACUCGUAGAUGUGUUGGAAGCGAUGGAGAGGACUACAACGAGAGCUACUGUGUUGGCAGCUGCCUGGACAUCUCUGAAGACUUCGAUUACCCAAUCAAGCACAUCUGGAAAGACGGCUACAACAAUCGCUGCGAGGACUACCGAGCUUUGUCUUUCUGCAACGCCACUGGCUAUGGGCCGAAAUGGCAGAGUUGGUGGGGGAGAUUCGAGGAUUGGGUCUCCAGUGGCCCUGGUGCUGGUGAGGCAUGUUGUGUUUGUGGUGGAGGUGUCCUCUCCAUAUCUCCACAUGUAUCUGAGGAGUGUCCCAGUGUGAAGUGUCCAAUCAACUCGCUGGGCCUGAAUGUGCUCCGCGGCUGCAGCUGCCGCGCAGGAUUCCAGGGACGGGUGACACCCUUAGCGCAAGAUCCAUACUACGCAGGACACUGUUCUCCAGUGGCUUGCCCGAAACAUUCAUCUGGAGAUCAUGUAGCAGAUGGUUGUGUUUGUGAUGAGGGCUACAUUGGUAGCAUCAUCCCAUCCAGCGAAGAACCUUUCUUUACAGGUAGUUGUCAGGCAAAGGCAGCAACAACGUUUACAUGGACCACAACCACAAGUGGCAGUACGACAAGCACUACUCAACCAAGCACAUCAAGGAGUGCCGGAACCUCAACCACAUCUAUGCACUCAUCUCAUACUUCCACCAAUGGGGCUUUGACCUCUUGGAGACACCCCCGGGUCACUUCAACUAGCUCAAGUUCCACCAGCCCAGAAAGAACUAUGGCUGGAACACCGCUGGAAGGACGAAACGUCCAGUUCUCCAGCACCAGCACCAGCAGCAGCAGCAGCAGCAGCAGCAGCAGCAGCAGCAGCAGCACCAAACUUCGAACAUCAACUUCACUCCCAUCUACAUCGACCGAAGUGUCCAUCACUUUUACGCAAGGGUCCAGCACCAGCCAGCACCACUCAGACGCAACUGAGACUACAUCCAGCACCCCUCAGAUGCAGAGCAUCACAAAGACAUCGACUUCCUUUACAUUUACAUCAACCUUUCGACCUCCGACAAGUUCAACAACUUCCUCUGAACUCUCAACAUCACCUCUGAACUUCAGGCAGAACAUCUCAACUUCAUUUGACAUGGUGUCAUGGAAUCCAAGGACCAGAAGCACAAGCUUCGCACUAGCUUCGCACUCAACAUCGAGGAAAGGAGCACCGUCACACCCGUCACACCCGACCACGAGCAGGGCGGCCACGAGCACCUUCGAGCACAGUCGCGCUUUCACGACAUCUCCCAGCGGAGAUUUUGAACAACAGGAGCGCGAAGGAGCUGUAGCGGCCAAUGUGGAGCAAUCUGCGCAGAGCUCUGGGCCCUCAGCAUCAGCACUGAUUGUCAUUCUGCUGAUUUUCAUGCCUUGCUUAGCUUGCUUUUGUGGUGCAGGACGAUUCCUGGCAACAAAGGCGCAGCUCAUCAGAUUUACUGUACCAUUUUCCUCCAGUUUUCACUUUUCACCAUAUCUCGGGAUCAAGCAUUGUGAUGUAGAUAUGAAUAGAAAGAACUAUAUAAAAUUAUAUAUAAAUAUGUACAUACAAAGAUCGAUGAAGCAAGCAUAA